AUGCCCCUACAUCUGCGAAGUACCGGUAUGAGCAUUGGAUUGUACAUUAGCAAUAGCCUACGAAGUACCGGUACUCGUGUUCUGAACAAUCCUUUGGAGUCAUUUGCUCUACCGGUAUUGGUGGUUAACGUUGUGACGUACUCCGUACACAAGAAAAGUCAAGCCCCGCCGCCGCCCACAACCUCCGAUUCAUCUCCCCUUCCUCACUCCUUGGAUCCUUGGAGGAGACCAAACCUCACGAUUUCUCAGUCCAAUACAUUCAAAAUGUCGGACCUCAACUCAUGGGAAGACGACCCUGCCGCGCAGGAGGACCUGUCGCGCCAGACCCAGCAGAUGAAUCUGAACAACGCAUCUCAACAGCCACAUCAAGGAGGGUCCAGUUUUCGAGCCGGCGCAAGCACCUUCCAGCCAGGCGCACAAUCUUUCCAGCCCGGCCAGAGCUUCCAGCAGUACGGCGGGGUAUACGAUCAAACCGGAUAUCAGAACCAGAAUUUCCAGCAGUACCCUCAAGGUGGCCAGCAAUAUGGUGGUGGAGGGUAUCCUCAGUAUGGCCAGCAAGCUGGCUACGGCCAGUACGGCCAAUACGGCCAAGGUGGCUACCAAACAGGAUACCAACAGCAAGGUUACAACGCAGGAGGAUAUGGACAACAAUACUCAGGCUACUCUCAGCAACCACAAGCCGCCGCGGCACAACAACCAAUUCGAGCAACCCCUACGAUCGCAAAGCGCCCAGCAGAUGGAGCUUCUGGAUCUGCGGAGUUGAACAAGCCUGUGGCGACUCAGGCGGGUGCUCCGAAAGUGCUGAGCAUUGGUGGGGAUGCGCCCAAGCCCAAGGCUAAGGUUCUAUCUAUUGGAAAUGCAGCUGCCACAGCACCAACGCCCAAGAAGGAUGUCGUUGCGGCGACUCCAGCUGAAGCCGGUGCCAAAGUUACAGCUGCCAAGGCAAUCGAGAAAACCGAGAAGAAAGUUGAGAAGAAAACGGAGAAGAGUACCGUAUUAGACAGCGGCAAGUCAUCACCAGCCCCAUCUUCUGGCCGAUCCAGCCCUUCACGAACCGCUGCCAAGGUCGCUGCACGUGAGGUAGAUGCCGUAGAGAAGGAGCAGGCCGCGGAUGUUGACGAUGAGACUCUGAAAGAGAUCUAUGGUAAGGAGCACGUCAAUAUCAUUUUCAUUGGACACGUCGAUGCUGGCAAGUCGACCUUAGGAGGAGCAAUCCUUAUUUUGAGCGGCAUGGUCGAUGAUCGAACUCUGGACAAGUACAAGAAGGAGGCGAAGGACCUUGGGCGUGAGACUUGGUGGAUCUCUUGGGCACUCGACGUCGGCAAGGAAGAACGAGAGAAGGGAAAGACCAUUGAGGUUGGACGUGCGUUUUUCGAGACCGACAAGCGUCGCUACAGUAUCCUGGAUGCACCGGGUCACAAGACGUAUGUUCCUAGCAUGAUUGGUGGCGCUUCUCAGGCCGACGUUGGAAUCUUGGUCAUCAGUGCUCGAAAGGGAGAAUACGAAACUGGAUUCGAGAAGGGUGGUCAAACGAGAGAGCACGCAAUGCUGGCAAAAACCCAAGGUGUCAACAAGCUGAUUGUGGUCAUCAACAAGAUGGACGAUGUUACGGUCGAGUGGUCCGAGAAGCGUUACCUCGAGUGCACUACGAAGCUCGGCCAGUUUCUGAAGGGAACCGGAUUCAACCUUAAGACCGAUGUCUUUUUCAUGCCGAUCGCAGCUCAAUCGAUGAUAAAUCUCAAAGAGCGAAUUCCCGAUGGCCUCUGCUCCUGGUACAAAGGCCCCUCUUUGCUCGAAUACUUGGACAACAUGGCAGCACUGGAGCGCAAAGUCAAUGCACCUUUCAUGAUGCCGGUCAACGGCAAGUACAGAGAUAUGGGUACUCUUGUCGAAGGGAAGAUCGAGGCUGGCGUGGUCAAGAAGAACAUGAGCCUGAUGAUGAUGCCCAACAGGGAAAAGGUCGAGGUCACUGCUCUCUACGGUGAGACUGAAGAAGAAAUCACGAUUGCCCAAAGUGGAGACCAGAUUCGAGUGCGCUUGCGAGGUAUCGAAGAAGAAGACAUCAUGCCUGGUUUCGUUUUGUGCUCGCCUAAGCGUCCCGUCCAUUGUGUGCAGGCCUUCGAGGCACAAAUCCGCGUUCUGGAACUGAAGAGUAUCUUGUCCGCUGGCUUCAGCUGCGUCCUGCACGUUCAUUCUGCUAUUGAAGAAGUCACAUUUGCUGCGUUGCUUCACAGCUUGCAAAAGGGAACCAACAGGCGGAGUAAGCGAGCACCGACACACGCAAAGAAGGGUGACAGCAUCAUUGCGCGACUGGAGGUGAUCGGUGGAGCUGGAGCUGUCUGUGUAGAGAAGUUCGAGGACUAUGCCCAACUAGGACGAUUCACCCUCCGCGACCAGGGUCAAACUAUCGCUAUUGGCAAGAUCACCAAGUUGAUCACCGAGGAAGAAGUGGCUGCAGCUUAA